AUGACUGGAAAUAACGCCAAUUCAUUCAACCCGGAUGGGUUAAACACUCAGAAUAAUGAGCCCGGCGAUCAGCCGGAGCGACAUAGUGCCCCUGCAACCCUCAAACGCCCCACUGGUCUUUUGGAUGCUGGAAAAUCAACAAGGGGAUCCAGGUCAACUCCGACAUUGACAAAAUCGGGGUCCUCUCAAGCUAGUUCAAAGGUGGCAAUUCCUCGUCAGAGUAAUGGUUAUACCCCUCGGUACAACCGGAGAGUCCCGCGAGCUUGUGAGUCGUGUAGACAACGCAAAACAAAGUGCAGUGGUGAUACUCCAGUAUGUCGACAAUGUCGUGAACUGAGAGCUCCCUGUCAAUACCCUGUGGGAUGGAGAGAUAAAAUGAAAAAGUGUGAAAGGCCUUACCCCCCUUCAGAUUAUAGGGAAAUCGAGAGACUUUCUGCACAGCUGCAGGAUUAUGAAAACUUUUUGGAUGAUUUACGAGCGAGUGCCGACUCUCGAACAGCCGAUUGGGUUAUCAGCUUAAUGGAAAAAUAUGGCUUGAAAGGAGAUCAUCGAGAAGACAAUAGAUUCUUGAUGCCUACCCCUCAGAAUGAGAUGGAACCCGACGAACCAUCUCCGCUUUCAUCCAUUGGGUCUCUGGAGGCCAUCGAUCGAGUAGAUGAGGACCCCAAUCGGUCGGAAGACACGCGAGCCACCGGGGUAAUGGGCAAGAGCUCAGAAAUCUCAUGGAUGCAACGAGUUCAAAAAGAGGCAGAGCAACGGGCUCAAGGAAACCCAGGCACCUUGGAAUCCAAUCGAGCCGAUGACGAAAAGGAAGCAUUUUCCCUUCACGCCUUGAAUUAUCACCUUGACGACCUUGAUAUUUCAGUCCCCGAACCCGUUCAGUUAUACGACUUACCACCUCGACAACUGGCCGACCAACUUCUCGAAGAUUAUUUUCAAAAGACACACCCCUUCUUCCCCAUUAUCAGCAAACCACUAUUCCGUGGACAAUAUCAAGCCUCCCUCGAUGCCUCUUCUCGACCCAACCCUGCUCGACCUGGCGAUAAAUGGCUCGCCGUGCUGAACCUCAUAUUUGCGAUUGGCGCCAAACAUGCACAUCUAACUAACGCCGUCUGGCGGGGAGAAGAUAACGAUCACUUGGUAUAUCUUACUCGAGCUAGGCUGCUCAGUAUGAACAGCGAUGUUUUGUUCAGUCACCCUGACCUACAACAAGUCCAAGUCGAAGGACUCAUUGCAUUCUACCUACUGGCAUCCGACCAAAUUAACAGAGCUUGGAGAAUUUCUGCUUUGGCCAUACGGUCGGCAAUUACCCUCGGCAUCAAUCUCAAAAUCACCAGCCCCAAAACACCCAGCAUUACGAAGGAGGCCCGUUACCGGGUAUGGUGGUGCUUGUAUAGCUUCGAGCAUAUGCUAGGCAUUAUGACUGGCCGGUCCAUCUACAGCCUAGACGGAGGAUACGCUACUCCGCUACCGCUCCCAUUCGAAGAAGAACAACUACAAGAAAACCCCGCAGCUGCCGAAGUUCUCAAUAACCCGAUCCUGCGAGAUGCCUUGGUUGGCAACGUAAUGGCGAGCUCAUGGAUCCGACCGACCGGCGGCAAAGACGAUCUACACAAGACCCGAUUACGCGAUCAGAGCUGGCUCAAAAACUUGCCCGUCAAUUUCGGCCUCUGUUACCUAUACUACAGCGAUCUGACCGUCGUCACGCAAGAGAUCCUCAACAAAGUCUACACAACAACUGCAGUCCUACUUCCAUGGUCGGAGAUCGAAAGCCGCCUCGACGACCUACGAUUCCGCAUCGAUCUAUGGAAAUCCAGCCUCCCCGUCUCGCUCGACUUCACACAAGAAGAAACAAACGAUAGCCCCGAUCACCUCCGCUGCAAAUUGUUCCUGGCCUUCCACUACUACAGCGCCAGAAUCACACUGGGUCGACCCUGUCUCUGUCGGCGCGACGCCCGUCAAAACAACUCCCCACAAACAUUCAGCCACACAAUGGCCCUCAUUGCCCUCGAAUCCGCCAACGGAAUGCUAGACUUGAUCCCCGACAAGCCGGACGUCGUCCAGCUGUACCAGGUCUGUCCCUGGUGGUGCGUCCUCCGCUACCUCAUGCAAUCCGCAACUGUAUUUCUCCUCGAACUCUCGUUCGGCUGCAUCCACAGCCCAGAAGAGGAACAAAAGUACGUCUCCCUGACCAAAAAGUCCAUCCGCUGGUUCUUCGCCAUGUCCGAGCACAGUAUCGGGAGCCGGCGAGCCUGGCAAAUCUGCGACUCGAGCUUCCGCAACCUGGCUUCCGGCAUGAAAUACAGUACCGAUGAUCUCCCGGGCCAAUCGGACCAGGAGCGCACGGCGGCGGCUGAAGCCGCGUCCUCAUUCCCCUCUGACUCAAGUCACAAUAAUGUUCCUUCUGGCGACUUUUUCGCUUCGCUCCCGACAACAGAUGAUCUGCACCUGUUUGGCUCGCACGCUUUCCCUGAUGGAGGCUUCAAUUUUCCGGCGCCGGAUCUCAUGUCUUCGCUACAUGGGCAUGCUGAUAUGACUGAUGAUUCGUACUUUCCUUAUGAUCCGCUCAGCGGAGAGUUUAUUAGAUCUUUUUUUCCCUCGUCCGAGGAAGAAACUAAAAACUGA